ACUGAGCUCAGCUAAAGUUUCCAAAAAGUUGGAAUAACUUCCUCUCUCUCCAAGACCUCAAGUUUUUUUGCACAACCCUGGUCCUUGAAAUAAGAACCCUUCAAGCAACCUGGAAAACGUUUGGUCAGCACAAAAAAAAAAAAAAAGCAAAACCAAAAAAGCCCUCCUGUUUUUCCAAAGGAUCUGUCUCAGGAAUUUAAAGCACAUUUAAGACACACACACACACACAUAACAUAAAGGAGGGGGGGAAAGGCUCUUCCCCUCCCCUUCUUGCAGAAAGCAUGGAAGAAAGCUCCAGUUCUCCUGUUUCCCCUGUGGAUAGCUUGGGGACCAGUGAAGAGGAGCUGGAAAGACAGCCAAAGAGAUUUGGCAGGAAGAGAAGAUACAGUAAGAAGUCCAGCGAAGAUGGCAGCCCUAACCCAGGGAAGAGGGGGAAAAAGUCCAGCCCCAGCUCCCAGUCUUAUGAGGAACUGCAGAGCCAGAGGAUCCUGGCUAAUGUCAGAGAGAGGCAGAGGACUCAGUCGCUCAAUGAAGCUUUUGCCGCCUUGAGGAAAAUCAUCCCCACUUUGCCCUCUGACAAACUCAGUAAAAUCCAGACCCUCAAGCUGGCAGCACGGUAUAUAGACUUCCUCUACCAGGUGCUACAGAGCGACGAGAUGGACAGUAAGAUGACGAGCUGUAGUUACGUGGCUCACGAGAGGCUGAGUUAUGCCUUCUCCGUAUGGAGGAUGGAAGGAGCGUGGUCCAUGUCGGCCUCCCACUAGCCACCGCCUGGGUCAGGCAAGCCCAGCUGCCGAAAGGACUGUCCAAUGUCUGAGACUGAAGUGGAAUUGGGAUGUAUCCAAGUUUGUAGCUUCUGAAACCUUAACAACCUCAAGUAAACUGGUCCAAAAGACCCCCUCUUGACCUCCCUUGCUCUGAACUCUUGCGGACCACUUAGACUGAGCAGAAAACAGCACCAAAGCUGAUGGUCUGAAACUUUGCAACAUCUCUCCCUAAAGCGACUGACCAAAGAGAAAAGAGAAACGACAUUCCUGGGUGUCCAUCGUUGUGUCUGUCUGUGUGUGUGUUUGGUUUUAGCUCUUUGUUCUUCUGAAAAGCCUUAAUUCAGGAAUACAUUUAUGAGAAAUGGUUGGGUUCAGAUUUUACUCCCCUGGACCUGCAUUCUUUUCUGGGUUUGUUUGCUGUCUGUUUGUUUAAAUCCAGCGCCUGAUUUUUUGUACAGUAAUGGCAAAACUGGACCAAGGCUCUCUUAAGAAAAAAACAACAAAAAAAAAAAAAGAGAAGAAAAACCCCCACUGUGUCCCCAGCUCCCUGCAUGAUUUGUCUCAAGUACAGCCUGGAUUACAGACUGCCCUCCACGCUCUACUGCCUCUUCCUUAUUGCUCCAUGAUUUGCUACCGCUCACCCCCCUCAUCCCUUUUUCGUUUCAGUGUAUAUGUUGCUUAUUUGUUUUAUUUAUUGAGAUAUUUUUAACGAGCUAAGAGACUGCAAUGUUGCUGUGUAUACUGCUUCUCUUGCCAAUAAAAAUAAAGAUGUCAUGCAGCUAC